CCACUAUUUGUUUAAUUUUGUUUUUGCUUUGUUGGAACGCCCAAUUUUAUCUGUUAAAUUGCUGUUUUUUUUUUACCCAGAGCAGCUAAAACCAAAUCAGAGGAGAGACCGGACUCAUAACUGUGGAUUGUUUUCCUUCUUUUUCAUUAAAAGAAUUUAGGCAUUUGCAAGAAUGCCUCAAUCGAAAUCGAAUAAAGACGUAUAUCUACCUGGGUGGCUUUUAGUUUUCUUUAUUCCUGCCGGAGGCUUCGUAACUUGGGUGGGUUGGUUUUGUUGGUUUUAUGGAGAGACCAGGUAGAGGACAAAACUUGUACGGUUUGGGUUUGAUUAAACAAUAAGUGUACGGGGUGGCUUAAACAAUUGAAACAUUAGCACGUCUCUCACUCAUAUCAAAUUUUUUUAGUUGAAUGCGUUGCGUCGUGCCUGCAAACCCUAGUGGUUCAAUAUUGAGAAGGUCAUAUUUGAUCGGUUUGGGUUUCAAUUUCAAACUGCUUUCAAGUGUAUGAACCGUUGCCAAACCAAUUUGGUUUGGUUUUCCAUGAUCUUUCUUUUGAACGGAAAAAAAAAAAAAAAACCGUUUUGGUUUUACAUAAUCAAAACCGCCUAGACGUAAAAUUCGAUCAAAAUCCCUGGGUUUGUCUCUAUUUAAGGAGGUUCAAAUUGACGGUACCUUCACUCUCUGCAUCUCAGAGUGGCAUGCAUCUCUCACUGUCUCUCUCAAGAUGGAGAAGGCUGUCGAAUCAGGUCAACCUGCCGGACAAACGUGUGUAGUAACUCUCGAUAAUCUUCAGGGCGAGUUCGAUUUCCUCUCUCUCAAGAUGGAGAAGGCUGUUGAGUCAGGCCAACCUGCCAGAGACACGUGUGUAGUUACUCCCGAUAAUCUUCUCAGGUUUUGGGGGCUGGGAGUGGGGGCGGCAGCUUGGAGGGCUUAUGCCCAGUACCGACCUUGAACAUCAGUGUGUUGUAGAAACAUAACUUGUUUGGACGACCUGGGACUUUUAAUUAUGCCUGUUUUCAAUUCGAGAACUAAACGAGGCCGCAGUAUAUGCAGAGUUUGAGUAGUUCAGAAAUAUUACAUUUUCCCUGAUUAUGUGGUUGAUGCACCACAUGGUUUGAAUCAUUGGUUGCUGCUGCCAUGUCCUCAAAAAAAGCGGCGAGGACAACUUACUUUAUUGAUUUGCCGGAGGAGCAACUGCUGGGAUUCAUUCCAACCAAUAAUACUGCUCCAGGCCCUGAUCCUCCUGUAGUGUCUACACUGAAAUCAUUCCGAGAAUUUGCUGAUAUGAUCAGGGUUGAGUUUGGUACUAUGGCAGACUUGCCUUGUGGUUUGGUUCUAGAAGACUUUAUUGGUAAUACCCUGUUUGGCCAAGUGUAUCAGGGAAAAAGUAUUCAGCAACGAGGCUUGGACAACAUCCACAAGGCUAAUGUUAUGGUGAAAGCAUGGAACUAUUGUUUGGGAGAAGUUAGAUCCUUUGCUAACCCUUCUAACAGGUUCUGGAGACAAAUUGCUAAAGGAAGAUUCCACGCAACAUGAAAUGAAGCUACUGACAGUAUCAUCACCCUUGUCAAGCCAUCAUAACAUGGUAAAGUUAAUUGGAAGCUGCCUUGUAAAUGGGCGGCUGGCUGCCGUGUAUGAGCUAGAUCCACUGGAUACCCUGCGUAACCUCCUUCCUCGAGAUGAUUUUGGCUGGUUUUCACGAAUCAAGGUUGCAAUUCAAUUUGCAUGUCUCCUUGAAGCUUUUCAUUCUCAACACCUCAAGCUUCGCAAUAUCUGUGCUGAUAAUUUAGUGCUUGACAAGGUUUGCCAUCUGAAGUUAGUUGACUUCGGUAUGCUUGUUGGUGGAGAUUUUGGUGAUAUUCCCCCGUUUGAAAAAGUGUGGGGGUGUGUUGGCUAUGUGGAUCCAUGUUUUUCCGACACAGGUAAAUUCUUGGAUAAAUCAGAUGUUUUCUCGUACAGUGUUUUACUUUUGGAGCUUGUAACAAAAAGAGCCGCUCAAGAGGAGGAUUAUUUUUAUCUUCACAUUUGGGCCAGGGGAGAGUACGAAACUAGGCCUAAGAAGACCCAGCAUAGGAAGGAUUGCCGACAGUGUCCCCCCGUGGUAGUAGUGCAUGAAAGCUUGAGAGGCAGUACGUGGUUUGAUGCAAAAGAUGGAGCUGCAAUCACUAAAUUGGCAUUGCGCUGUGUUAGUCACGACCUAGACCAAUGACCAACCAUCAAGGAAGUAGUUGAACGUUUGCAACAAUUAGAAUUGGCCAAGGGGACGACGUGCUGUAGGACCGGCUUAGAUUGGAAAUAAAAUUAAAUGGGGCUACUUGGUUUGCUGGCAAAUGGUUAUCCUACUGGAACACAAGCCAGUACAUGUUGAAUUGAAGAUUACUGAAUGUUACACUUGCAUGAAGUUCAAGUACAGGUAUUUGGCGUGAUGCCAUCUAUUUUGAUCGUGCCGUCCGUCCCCGUCUUUCGAGUUGUUUUUGUUCGUAUUUGUUUUUUGCCUUCAUGUCAAUCCCUCAUAUUUUCGUUUUAAGAAAUAUGCUCUGAAACCAAGGGAUUGAAUUGAAAAGGCCUUGCCUUAGUAUUUAACUGUUAGAAUCAUCUGAACUGAAUGUUUUUGGCUCAUAUCGUCAUUCCCCGCCUCCCUUUUCUUUUUAAGCUGGAACAUUGUGGAGAUAAUAGUUACCCCAUUAUUAUUUUUGAAGUACUAUUUUUUGUU